AUGGCCACGGUGAACCACCGCGCCCUGACCUCCUGGGUGGGCAUCGCCCGGCUCUUGGCCAUCGUGCUGUCCUGCCUCGCCUUCAGCCUGGUGGCCUCCACCGGGGACUUCGGGGGGUCCUAUGGGACAUGGUGCAUGUUCACUUGGUGCUUCUGCUUCAGCGUGACACUACUGGUGCUGCUGGUGGAGCUGCUGGAGCUCUACCCCAUGCUGCCUCUCUCCUGGGACGAUUUCACCUCGGCUUUCUCCAUGCUGGCGGCACUGAUGGUCUUCACCUCCUCAGUGGUCUUCCCUGCCACCUUCAUCAACAGCCCCUGCAACACCAGCUACUGUGCCCGGCAGGCCGUGGCCACCACUGCCUCCUGCCUCUGCUUCCUCGCCUACGCUGUCGAGGUGGGACUCACCCGUGCCAAGCCAGGGGACAUCAGCAGCUUCCUCUCCACUGUGCCUGGGCUCCUCAAGGUCUUCGAAGCCUACGUGGCUUGUCUUAUCUUUUCCUUGCUGGAUGAAUACGGUAAGGAGCCUGGCCUGAUGUGGUGUGUGGCUGUCUACUCCAUCUGCUUCAUCUUCACCUUCCUCAUCAUAAUCUUCACCAUUGGCCGGUGCCUCACCUACAUUCCCUGCUCACUGGAGAAGGUGCUGGUGGGGUACAACUUCCUGGCCUUGAUUAUGUAUAUCACCGCCACCGUCAUCUGGCCCCUCUACAGCUUCAGGGGACGGGGCCGCCCCCAAAACUGUGGCAGGAGCUGCUCAUGGGACAGGCACCUGGGGGUCACCUUCCUCACCAUCUUCAACCUCAUUGCCUACCUGGUGGACCUGGUCUACUCCACCAGGAUGGUCUUUAUCAGGACACCUCCCUAA